AAAGUAUAUUCUAUAAUCACACUUCAUUCUUCUUUCUAUAUUCACUAUGAAAUCUCAAACAAUAACUUUUGUAUAUUUAUUUAUUUUCAUUGUAGUAACGCAUUCUUCCCGUAUAAGAAUGACAAAUGUUGGUCAAGUUGCUGAGAAGGUAGAUUUUGGUGAGGCUUUUGGUCCAGGUGCUGAGAUGAUAGAUUUUGGUGAAGUUGUUGGUCCAGCAGUUGAUGUUUCUGAAGCUACUGCCACUCAGGGAAACAAGAAAUGUUUCUUUUGCUGCAUUGGGAAAAAUUGGGGGAAGCGUAUACUUUUUAUUCUUAUUCCUGCUCCUCCAACUCCAACUCCUCCUUCCUUUGAAUGAAUUAGUAAAUAUAGGAUUUGGAUUUUUAUAAUAUAUUAAAUAAAAAUAAUCCAUAUCCAUUUUACUAUU